CGAUCAUUUAGGUCUACACUGCGGGAGUUUCAUUUUAGAAGAUGAUGACUGUAUACUAAUUAACUAGUACAUUACUUCCUUUACCACCUUCGUUUGUUCGAAGUUCCACCGUCUACAACACCUCGCCGAUGUACAUGAUAUUUGGCGCAAGGGAAAUUGAACAUGUUGAACAAGGAAAGGCUCUUAGGAUUUCUGUUUGUCAUCAAUAUUAUUCUGAUUAUUUUGUAUAUCAUGUAUUUGUCCCAUGAUCAGCAUGCAAACAAAUCUGAUCAGACACUUCCUUACAAGGCACAUUCCCUGGGCAGGAGUCAUUACCAAAGUAAAACUGAGCAGUCAGUAAAAAACGUUGCUGUCAGUAAUACAAUAACGAAUUUUGAAGUUAUACCCUCCAGAAGUGAUCUAACAAACAAUUCUUAUUUUAUCAAGACUGGUUUAAAUAAGGCUUAUUUUUGGCUUGAGAGGAAACAUGAUUCACAAUAUGAAGGUAUACAGAGGCUGAAAGAAUACUGUAACAGCCCAUAUGAUAAAGUAUCAGGGGAAGAAGGUGUUGUUCCAACGGACUAUAAAGUUGUGUCUGUCCAUGUAUUAAUACGUCACGGUGAUAGGACACCAAUGAUCCCAGUAAACAACUUAAACAUUAGCUGCAACUUCGAUGAUAUUGUCAAUAGGAGUAUAUUACUUCAGCGAUAUCUUGAAUAUAUGAAAUCAUAUGCAGUAUGGAAGAACAAUCCAUUUUCUGCCAUAUUAUCUCCCUUCCCCAAUUCUGCUGUGUGUUCUCUUUCACAGCUUACAGGGCAAGGUGCAAUGCAGCAUCUAAACAAUGGAGAUUUUUUAAGAAAUGUUUAUAUCAAGCGCUGGAAGUUACUUGAGGAUGAUGGAUUGAGACAGAAGUCUGAAGUACAUGUCCGCAGCACUGUGUAUUCUAGAACCUACCAAAGUGCAGUUGCAUUUCUGUUUGGAUUUAUUCCUAAUUUUAAAUUAGAAGCUCUUCCAAUUAAACCUCAAGCUGGGAUUUAUUUCUGCUCAACAUAUCAUACAGGGUUCAAUUGUGCAUGUGCUGCAGCCUCCCAAUACCAUUCCAUGGCAGAAAAGGCUAGAUCUACUAUCUCCAAAAAUGAUAAGUUAUGGUUAAGCGUUAAAAGAGAUUUAUUAAAAAUGGUAAAAAAUGGACAACAAUGGUUAAAUGGUCUUUUUGAUAUCUCUACAGCUCACAUAUGUCAUGGUAUCGUACCUCCUUGCUUUACACCAGGAUGUAUGAAGGAAUAUAUUAAUAUGACAAGUAGAGUAAUUAAAGUUAAGGAUAGGUUAGGACAUGAGAACAUUUAUAAUGAAGCUUAUCAGAAGUUUCAAAGGUUAGCAAUUCAUCCCUUGAUAUUUGAAAUUGCUCUACGUAUGUUUAAUCAGACAAGAAGUCUGAAUGUGCCAAAGUUUGUGCUUUACUCGGGGCAUGACCUAACAGUGACAGCACUCUCUGUUGCUCUUGGGGUCAACAAUGGUGAGUGGCCUAAAUAUGCCACAAGAUUUGUCCUUGAACUAAUCCAAUCAAAAAAUGGCUCUAAAUUCUAUAUACGUGCAAUAUUUAAUGGCAAAGAUAUAACAUCUAAGGUUUUAUUUUGUCAAGGGAAGUUAGAAGAAGGCCUCUGUCCUGCUAAUGAAUUUUUCAUGUUUGUUUUAAAAGAGCAUAUAAGGAAGUAUUUUGAUGAUAGUAGUUACUUUAAAGCUUGUUUGAAAGCAAACAUCUAGUUCUUCACUACAUUUACUUUUGAACAUUGUAUUUGUAAUUUAUUUGGCAAUUGAGAAUUUUUGUUCAUUUUCAGAAUAAUGGUGCCUUUGUAGUUGGGCAAGUUUCAGUGUUGAAAGAAUAAGCUCAAAAUGGCAAUGGCAGACAAUAUUUGAUCAAAGGCAGUCUUUGAUUUUAGCUAAAUCAAGUAAAAAAGUAUAAAGAAAGAAAUGGCUAAACAUCUUCAGAAUCUGAGAAUUAGAUUAAAGGCAGAAUCUGAUCUAUAGGGGUGACAAAAUUACAAGCAACAUGUAUAAUUGACCUACCAAUCUAUUCCUUACAAUAUCAAAUACAAUAUCUCCCAAAAGAUUCAC